AUGAGUUUCGGCUUGAACACCGACUCUUUUUUGCGCUUGGCGAGCGACACGGUCCGACAUGACCUGCGGACGAUGCUGCACUGGGACCCGGUGGGCAACAGGGUGCACUGCGCCAUGCGGGAUGCCUUCUUCCUCGUCAUCGAUACCCCCAAGUUCUUCACGUACACGCACAGCUCGUACGGCGCGAUGCGGCGGUACAUUCGCCAGGCACGCAUUAACAAGGGCAAGGUGAAUCCGGAGGACUUCCGCGACGUAGACACCAACGUCCUCCGGGAGUCGCUCAUCCGCUACGCCCAAUGGAAAGGACCACUGCAGAAGAUUGACUUUCGCUGGUUCUACUGGAUGUACGCGCUCAUGAUCGGGUACGUCUUGUGGCAGGGGCUUGUGCUCCAGAAGAUGCUGGACGAGAAGCUGGAGCGCUCUGACAUGUCGUUAGAUGAGCGUCGCAGAAUGUUCGACGAUGAGUAUGAAGAGGAUGUGCGGCCCCGCUAA